GUGCUCCCGGCCGGCCCUGCGCGUCGCGCCGUCCUGCUCGCCCUCCAGGCCGCCCGUCCUCCCCGGUCACCCGCCAUGCUGCCCGCCGUGCUGCUCCGCCGCCCGCGCCUGGGGCGUCUGCUGCGCCAGGCCCGUGCCUAUGCCGACGCCGCCGCGGCCCCGGCCCCCGCCGCCGGCCCGGGCCAGAUGUCCUUCACCUUCGCCUCGCCGACGCAGGUUUUCUUCAAUGGGGCCAACGUACGGCAAGUGGACGUGCCCACGCUGACCGGAGCCUUCGGCAUCCUGGCAUCUCACGUGCCCACGCUGCAGGUGCUGCGGCCCGGGCUGGUGGUGGUCCACGCGGAGGACGGCACCACGACCAAGUACUUUGUGAGCAGCGGCUCGGUCACUGUGAAUGCCGACUCCUCUGUGCAGCUGCUGGCCGAGGAGGCCGUGACGCUGGACAUGCUGGACGCGGGGGCUGCCAGGGCCAACUUGGAGAAGGCGCAGUCAGAGCUGUCGGGGGCUGCCGAUGAGGCAGCCAGGGCCGAGAUCCAGAUCCGCAUCGAGGCUAACGAGGCCCUGGUCAAAGCUCUGGAGUAGGGGGGGGCGUCUGUCCCAGUGCGGGAGACCCCUGCACGCCGUCGGCCAGCCAGCGGAGCC